AUGCUGGCGUUGGCCAUCACUGCAGAGCUUGAAGGCGUCACCGACCUCCAGCCCGACGAUACUGAAGAAAACCCAUUCUACUAUACGUUCAAGGUUCAAUGCACAUCAUGUCGCGAGACGCAUCCAAACUGGGUAUCCGUGAGCCGCUUCGAGACGAACGAACAGUCCGGAAGCAGAGGCGAGGCGAACUUCGUCUGGAGAUGUAAGAAUUGUAAGAGAGAGCAUUCUGCGAGCAUUCUCGAAGCUCCAAAGAUCUAUCCACAACAAAGCCCGGCCAAGGCGCAAAACAUCAUCACCAUAGACUGCAGAGGCCUUGAGUUUGUCGAGUUCAAACCAGAUGGCGAAUGGAAAGCGACCGGAUUAGAAUCCAACACCAAAUUUACCGCCAUAGACCUCACUGAAGGCGAUUGGUUCGAUUACGACGAAAAGUCCAGCGAGGAAGUCAGCAUCAAGGACAUGAAGUUCGAGAUCCGGAGAGCUUGA